GUGACUACACUCCUAUCGAUGAUGAACCUGCACCUCACUAUCGUCGACGGGCUCCGAAAGGCCUACCACCAGCAGCUGAAGGAUCACAGGGACCACCUCUUCCAUGAGGGCGUUGGGGCAGCUGCGUGGAUGGUCGAUCGGACGUUGAGCGCUAAUUUCCGCGUGAUUGGCUGCAACGCUCCGCUCCGCGAACCAGGCAUCCAGACCUUUAGAAACAAGAACUCGGAGGACCAAUUGAUGACGGACGUGGUCGCGUUUUGCGAGGUUCAGACUUACUCGUCCUGA